CCACAUUGGAUCCGACGCCAUUGCUACACAACAUCGACGUGCUAUAGUUGUGCGCAGUGCAUUCGUUCAAUUUCUGUAGAGGACAUUGCAAGUUUGGAGUGAAUUAAAGUGUUUAGAAGUCGUACAGGCGAGGAAGGUAUGGGUCUGCGUAAUUCAGUAUUGAAAAAUGGAGAACAACAUAGCGUCACUAAACAUCAAUGGUACCGUGAGAAAAAUAUCACUGACUUGAACUGGCUCGUGCACCUGCUGGACAUUCUCGAGCUAGAGCUAAGUAAUGAGCCGCCACAUUAUAAAUUGCUACUCGUCAUUGGUCGGUUUGAACUUGAAAACGACUUGGAAGUCGCUUACAUCAUUUCCGGCAGGGAUGAUCCAGAAAGCAUUGUGUUUUACACUGCCUCGCUCCGGGAAGUGAUUGCUGACCGCAGAGUUAGAAUCUAUGAUGAGACAGACCGUUCCACACACAUCCUGAAAGCGAGAAAUCGCUAUGAUGAAGCUAUUGACAGUAUUAUGUUUCGUGUCAUGGGCCGAUUUCUUGGCAACAAAUCAGUAGAACCGCUUAUCAGCUCUCUCGUUGAAGAAAUUCCACGGUUAAGUGGUGAAACGGUGGAGGAUAUUCAAUCGCUGGUGACAAAUUUGGUAGAAGUGGCUUUGAGGCUUUUGAUUGGUUUAGCCUCGCAAGGUUUCAAGGACCAGGCCGAGAGAAACAAAGAAAAAGUCACCAGUUGGUUUGACAAGAACCACAUCAUUGAGUCGGAACUGCGUGCAUGUGACAGGCUGGAAUUCAGUAGGUUGUUCUACAAUCACUGGGGCAUGUUCCUCGGCAAACUGGGAGACAGAGUGCUAGUUCUGCACUUUUCCACCGCCGGAAGUGGAAAGAAAUACUCGAUAAAGAAGACCUCUGGUCUCGGAUCUUCGGCGAUGGAUAAACCAGCCUACCGCAUCGACUCGAUUAAGAAACCUCUCAGUAACCGUAGAAUGAGGAUCAACAACAGACUAGUCAGUGCCGGAUAAAAUCCUCGAUGGCAUCGUUCAUCGACUUGCUUCGCAAGGUUUCCAAAGAUCACCAGAGUACGAUGCUUUGCAUAACAAUUGCGAGCAUUUAGUCAACGAACUUCGGUACGAAAAGCACCGCUGUGAACAACUACCACCAAUCUUGGGACCACUUGCGAAGAGGCUUAAUCGCAUUCUUUGUCAAAGCUAAGAGAGCAAAAUGUGAGAUGACGACCUACUGCGGAGCAGUGCAGACUACGUCAGAUAUCAGGCUACAUUGUUUUUUUUCAGUGACGGUGGAAUGUCCACCCAAAUUUGCUCAGAUAUGAGACAUAUCCAGAAUUUUCGCUGGUCCCAGAGGGGCAAGCUUGUAGUCCUAUUUGCACCAGAACCCCCCAUGGGAUUGUUAAAAAGCAACUUCAGGAAUCAUCUGAUCGCUGUUUAUGUGGCAUCCCAUAGCUUCUCUGUUCAUGCUUUCAUGUUUGUCUUCUCGCGAGUUGCUCUUUAUAAUGUAGAUUAGUGUUUCCUCGAUGCUAGUUGUUGUCUCUUUCAUAGUACUAUUUGUGUUAUUUGCCCUGUUCUGUCUUUGUCCUGUACUUGUCUUUACUGCCUGAGGUCCAGUUUUUGUCCUUUGCAAGGCUUUCCACACUGUUCUUUUCGAAAUAUACAUCUAUUCAACCCUGUCCAGUGGCGUAAGUCUGUGCCGGGGACUGGAAAGGGCGGAGGGGGUGGGGGAACGAGGGUUGACUAAAAUCAGGACAUUGCCCAGCCGUCCAAAUUCGAAAAGCGGGGGCGUAGGGCUUGUUGGACACCAUUAUGACAAUAGGGGGCACUGUUCAUGUUACAGAUGGGCAUGUUAUGUUUACUUAGAGUGCACACCGGCAGAUAGUGAUAAAUCCAUCCGCCAAACAUAUAUAAAAGUAAAACCUCAUAUUAGACAGUUCUGAUAGCCAUAACAUUGGGGAAUUGAAAAGAUAUGGCAAUGAAACUCUGGCUCGGACAUGGGGCUUUCAAUUCUGAGCAUUUUGGAUGCAAUUGGGCUCGAAAAUGGCGCUAUGUUGUCUUCUUGUGGAGGGAUCUUUUUCAAGAUCGCUACCUUUCCGCUUUCGGGAAAAUAGGGGUCGUCUUGUUUGGGUGAAAAUUUCUCGAGCAGUCAAUGGUCAAUCCACCCAAAAAUGAAAAGAAAAUGAAAGAUGACAUGUUGAUCAUCAUUUGUCUGUGCAGCUUAAAUUACCUGUAAGAGUUCUGAGUAUUUCAGAAUAAUUUUGAAGUAAGGGCAUUUAGCACUAAAAGUGUCUAUGGAAAUUUUGCGUGGUUGUACCCUUACGCCCAUCAAAAUGGCGCAUUUAAAGCUUUUGGACUUUCUCUCUUUUUCAGUACUAUUGAAAGCGUUGGGAAGUUCAUCAAAAUACAUCAAAAUCCGUUGGUUUUUUUGUAUCUCACUACAAAAAAGUGGGGGGGGGGGGUAGGCGGAUGAUCCAAUAACCCAUCCCCCUCGUCAA